GUCUGUUGUAGGCAGACCAAAAAAAUCUUAGCUAAGAUUAAAUUUAGGAAAAUCAAUGGUAUUAUCUCGAUUCGGAGGCUUAAAUCACAUUUCAUCAGGGUUAAGAAAGAUCAGGACCUACUAUUUAAACAAACGGUUUUUAUCCGCAAUGAGCACAACACACAUUAAGACUUGUCUUGACGAUUCGGAGAUCACCAAAUCUGCAGGUGAUGAUCGACAGUAUCGCGCACUAGAACUACAGAAUGGAAUGAGGGUAUUGCUGAUCAGUGACAAGCAAACAGACAAGUCAUCUGCUGCUAUGGAUGUAUACAUUGGACAUAUGAAGGAUCCAAAAGAUAUACCAGGUCUGGCACAUUUCUGCGAGCACAUGCUUUUCCUAGGAACAAAGAAGUAUCCAGAGGAAAAUGAAUAUACCAAGUUUCUGAAUGAACAUGCAGGCAGUUCCAAUGCAUUUACUUCAAAUGAACACACCAAUUUCUUUUUUGAUAUAGCACCAGAAUAUCUGAGCGGGGCAUUAGAGAGGUUUUCUCAGUUCUUCCUAGAGCCAUUGUUUACACCAUCAGCCACAGAAAGGGAGAUUAAUGCAGUAAACUCUGAAAAUGACAAAAAUUUACAGAAUGAUUCAUGGAGAUUCCAUCAAUUAGAGAAAUCCCUUGCCAAUCCUAAACAUGAUUUCAGCAAGUUUGGGACAGGAAAUAAAUACACGUUAGAGACAAGAUCAAAGGAGCUAGGUUAUGAUGUAAGAGAUGAAUUACUCAAGUUUCAUGAUGAGUUGUACUCUUCUAAUCUGAUGGGUCUAACUGUUCUAGGAAAAGAGUCACUAGAUGAAUUAAUGGAGAUAGUGGUCCCACAUUUUCAUGGAGUUGAGAACAAAAAUGUUGCUAUCCCUCGAUGGAAUGAACACCCUUAUGGUCCUGCAGAGUUACAGAAUAUCUGCUAUGUUACACCUGUAAAAGACAUCAGAAACCUGACAGUGUCAUGGUCCAUACCAGAUCUUCAGCCAUACUAUAAAACCAAUCCAGGUCACUAUUUAGGACAUCUGAUUGGUCAUGAGGGGAAGGGCAGUCUACUGUCGGAGCUGAAAGUAAGAGGCUGGGUAAAUACACUGGUCGGAGGACAACAGCAAGGAGCCAAUGGUUUUAUGUUCUUCAUGGUUAAUGUGGAUCUAACUGCAGAUGGUUUAGAGCACAUAGAUGAUAUUAUCACACUCAUCUAUCAGUAUUUGCAUAUGCUGAACAAAGAAGGUGCCCAGGAAUGGAUCUUCAAAGAAUGUGCUGAUUUAAGUGCAAUGCACUUCAGAUUCAAGGACAAGGAGAGACCUAGAGGUUACACGUCAGCUCUCUCAGGUGUUUUACAUGAUGUUCCACUAAAGGAGUGUUUAAGCUCACAUUAUUUGAUGACUGAGUACAAACCAGAGCUUAUUGAUAUGUUACUGAGCAAACUGAUUCCGACAAAUAUGAGAGUGUCUGUUGUUGCUAAGAAGUUUGCUGGUCAGACGGACAAGAAGGAAGAAUGGUAUGGUACAGAGUACAAGUUGGAACAAAUACCACAGGAUAAAUUGAAGAUGUGGGACACCUGUGGUUUCCAUGAAAACCUUAGUUUGCCGGCUGUGAAUGAAUUUAUACCUACAAACUUUGAUCUUGUCUCCAGGGAAACAGAUCAAAAUUGUGCCCCUGCAAUUAUACAGGACUCGGGAAUGACCCGGUUGUGGUUCAAACAAGAUGACAAAUUCCAUCUACCAAAAGCAUAUGCCAGCUUUGAACUGACAAGCCCCCUUGUGUAUAUAGACCCUCUACAUACCAACAUGGCAGUGUUAUUUGUGCAGCUGUUCCAGGAUUCACUCAAUGAGUAUGCUUAUGAUGCAGAACUAGCCGGUUUAAAGUACAAUUUAAACAGUACAGCCUAUGGAGUAACACUGUCAGUGAAAGGUUACAGUGAUAAACUGCAUGUUCUGCUGAAAAAGAUCUUGGAGAAAAUGGUCUCCUUCAAGAUUGAUCCAAAACGUUAUCAUAUUCUCAAGGAACUGUAUGGGCGUAGUCUUAAGAACUUCUAUGCUGAACAGCCUCAUCAGCAUGCUGUGUAUUUUACCUCAGUUGUGAUGUCAGAACUGUUGUGGACUCAGGUUGAGCUCUUAAACAGUUUGGAAGAGGUUACAUUAGAGAAGCUUACAGCAUUUCUGCCACAGCUGUUUUCUAAGAUGUAUAUUGAAGGUCUUGUGUAUGGGAAUAUAACGAAACAGAAAUCAGUAGAGAUGACCGAGUUGAUAGAGAACAUACUGAGAGAGCAGGUCUCCACCAAGGAAUUGUUGCCCAGUCAGCGCAGACGUCUUAGAGAGAUACAGCUUCCUGAUGGUUGUUAUUAUAUAUAUCAGGAGACAAACUCUGUACAUAAGAGUUCCAGUAUAGAGAUAUACUACCAGUGUGGACAACAGGCUACCAACACCAACAUGCUGCUCGAAUUAUUUGUGCAAAUUAUCAGUGAACCUUGUUUCAAUAUACUAAGAACAAAGGAACAGUUAGGUUACAUUGUGUUCAGUGGAAUCCGAAGACAGAGUGGUGUUCAAGGUUUACGGGUUAUAGUACAGUCGGAUAGGACUCCAGAGUAUGUUGAAGGCAGAAUAGAGGCAUUCCUACACAGCAUAGAGGAGACGCUCAAUGAAAUGAGUGAUACAGAGUUCCAGAAACAUGUAUCAGCUUUAGCAACAAAACGUCUUGAGAAACCAAAGAAAAUGUCAGCACAAGCUACUCGGUACUGGUCGGAGAUUGUGUCUGAACAAUACAACUUUGAUAGAGAUAAUGUAGAAGUUGCUUUCCUGAGAGGUGUUACAAAAGAGGAUCUUAUCAAAUUCUAUAAGGACAAUAUAGCGUAUAAUGCACCAAAACGGCAUAAGUUAUCAGUUCAUAUAUUAUCAACUGCUUCGAAGGAAGAGACAGGAUCAGGAGACAAGGAAGAUAACAGUAGUAAAGAACUUCAGGGACUAGAUAUAGAACUUCCUAAAGCAAUCAUUGUGGAGGAUGUAAAUGCAUUCAAGAGGGACAUGGCGUUAUACCCACUAGCAAAACCAUUCAUAGACCUCCAGAAAGCAAGAUCCAAACUGUGAUACUAAUCUCAGAUACAGAGUCUACAUUGGAUUUACCAUAUACCCCAAAAUAAAGGCUCCACACUCCUUUGUAACCUCCCCUUCCUUCCAAACAUUUUUACACAUAAAAACAUAUUCAAACUAGUGAUCCAGAAAAGUUUAGUCAUUUUAAAGUAUAAUCCAAAUAAAAAAGAUUAGUACAAAUAAAGUUUCUUUGAAUUGAUUUUUUAUUUCUGAAUAAAUGUGGUUUCAAAGAAAAUCUAUACUUUUUCUAAUUCCUUUGAAAAAAUGCAUUUAUUUUGGGUAUUUAGUAAAUCAAGUUGAUAACUACAUUGUAAUGCGUAUUAGUUUUAGAAAUCUUUAUUAAGUCUUUUCUAAUGGUAUUAUUAAUGUUUCUUAAAUAUAUCUGAAUGGAAAUAUUGACCACAGCUGCUGCUUAAAAGUAUGUCAGGUGUGUCUAGUGAAUAAGAUAUUUGCUGCUCUACUCUGUAGGCCUUGUAUGACAUGUUUUUGUUUUUUACCAGGAAAGAUUCUUAUGAGCAGAUAUAUUAGAGAUUUUUUAACAAUAGCACAAAAAUCAAUAUAAACUAUUGUUCAUUGUGCAGGAUUUUUUAGCUCAACUGUGCUUGAAGCAGUGAACUUUUAGGAUAAGUGUAUGUCUGUCCGUCCAACAAUAAAGAAUAAAGCAAUUGCUUUAAUUUAAAGAACAUCUCCUAAACCACCAAGCUCAUUUCAACCAAACUUCAUAGGAAUGCUCCAGGGGCAGUUUUCUUUCAGAUUCCUUCAAAUUUAGGCCAUCCAUUAAGCCAUCCAAGCAGAAUUUAUGCUGCAAAGGCAACCAAAAGAAAAAACUUUUUCUUCAGAAACAGCUAGCCUUUUUGUCAGAAUAAUUUCACAGAUAAAUUUUCUUGCAUGACCCUUUACCAAAACAGCUCCAGCAGCAUUGGAACUCGGGUGAGUGAGCUAGAGUCAUUAUGGACAUCUUAUGUCAAUGUCAAAGAUUAAUCAGCUUUUAGAUAAGGAAAACAAUGUAUUUUACAUUUAACCAUAUUUGAUAUGCAUUUAUUACACUUUGUUAUUUAUUAAAGAUGUUUUUUAACAAACUAUGAAGAUGUAGACUGGUAGGUUUUCUUAAAGGUUUAAGACUGAGUUAAGCAAAUACAUGUUUAACUUAGUAGCCCACCAUCAUCAGAUGGCGGGCUGUUAAAAUCACUCUGCGUCCGUUGUCCAUCCGUCCUUCCGUCCAUUAACAAUUUCUGGCUAUUGCAUCUCCUCAGAAACUGCUUGGGGGAUUUUGACCAAACUUCGUCAGAAUGAUGUAUUGGUACCCUAGUUGUGUCCCCCUGAAAAUCAGACUGGUUCAACAAUUUUUGAGUGAGUUAUGGCCCUUUGUUUAUUUUUAUAAUUUGCAUAGAUUUAUAUAGGGAAAAACUUUGAAAAUCUUCUUGUUCAAAACCGCAGGGCCUAGGGCUUUGAUAUUUGGUAUGUAGCAUCAUCUAGUGGUCCUCUACCAAGAUUAUCCAAAUUUUUUCCCUAUGGUCAAAUAUGGCCCCGCCCCGGGGGUCACAUGGUUUAUAUAAACUUAUUAAGGGAAAAACUUCGAAAAAUCUUCUUGUCCAAAACCACAGGGCCUAGGGCUUUGAUAUUUUGUAUGUGACAUCAUCUAGUGGUCCUCUACUAAGAUUGUUAAAAUUAUUCCCCUAGGGGCAAAUAUGGCCCCGCCCUGGAGGUCGCAUGGUUUACAUAGACUUAUAUAGGGAAAAACUUUGAAAAUCUUCUUGUCCAAAACCACAGAGUCUAGGGCUUUGAUAUUUAUAAUGUAGCAUCAUCUAGUGGUUCUCUAUCAAGUUUGUUCAAAUUAUCCCCCUAGGGUCAAAUAUGGCCCCGCUCCGGGGGUCACAUGGUUUAUAUAGACUUAUAAUCUGGGGAAAAACUUUAAAAAUCUUCUUGUCCAUAACCUUGGACCUCAUGAUUGUAUAGUUUUGAGUGGCUAGAUGAACCUUGUCAAUGACAUGAAUUGACCUUGAUCUUGACCUAGUGACCUACUUUCAUAUUUCUGUAGCUACAGCCUUCAGAUUUGGACCACAUGCAUAGGUUUGUGUACCUAAAUAAAAUUUGACCUUGACAUUGACCUAGUGACCUACUUUCACAUUUUUGAAGUUACAGGCUUCAAAUUUAGACCACAUGCAUAGUUUUGUGUUCAGAAAUGAGAUUUUACCUUGAUUUUGACCUAGUGACCUACUUUCACAUUUCUCAAGCUACAGCCUUCAAAUUUGGACCACAUGCAUAGUUUUGUGUACCGAAAUGAACUUUGAAUUUGAGAUUGACCUAGUGACCUACUUUCACAUUUCUGUAGCUACAGCCUUCAAAUUUGGACCACAUGCAUAGGUUUGUGUACCGAAAUAAACUUUGACCGUGACAUUGACCUAGAGACCUACUUCCACAUUUUUGAAGGUACAGGCUUCGAAUUUUGACCACAUGCAUAGUUUUGUGUUCUGAAUUGAAAUUUGACCUUGAUUUUUACCUAGUACCUACUUUCACAUUUCUCAAGCUACAGCCUUCAAAUUUGAAGGCACAUACAUAGUUUUAUGCGCCGAAAUGAACUUUGACCUUGAAAUUGAUCUAGUGACCUACUUUCACAUUCCUCAAGCUACAGCUUUCAAAUUUAGACCACAUACAUGGACCACAUGCACAGUUUUGUGUACUGAAAUGAACUUUGACCUUGAUUUUAACCUUUAGCUACUCUUGAAAUUUCAGACAUUCAAAAAUUGCUCAAUGGUGGGCGCCAAGAUCACUCUGUGAUCUCUUGUUUUCAAAUUCACCACUUUUACUGCUUUGUAUAAAACAUGGAGUCAGUGGUGUCAGAUCCUCUGAAAUUUGUCCAGGGUGAGCUUUUAGAAUAACUGGAUGGUCUGGCAUCCUCCAUCCUGCAUUAAACAUUUUCUCCUCUGAAACUUACUGUUAGAAUUUCUCCUGAUUAGUCUUGUGACAUCCUUGCAUUGACCUCUGAUGUUUGUUUUGAUGGUUUCACUUGACCCAUUUUAAAGGCCUACAAAUGCUAAAUAUUUAAAGAACUCUUCAUUAAAUACUUUAUUGAUCCUUUCCAAACGUUUCUCCGAUUUGUUCAAACGAUUCCACUUGACCCCUUAUAGGGGUUGCCAGAGCUAGAACUAAAAGCCUUUUAAUAACUGCUUUUCAUGAACUGCUUUAUAGAGGUAGACCAUACUUGGUGUGUAGCAUCCUUUUUUGGACCUCUUUGAAGUUUGUUCAGAUGGGUUUACUUGAACCUUUGAACAACAUUUUUUCAUAAACUGUUUUUACAUUUUUUCAACUGGUUGUAGUUAACCCCUUUUAGGGGUUCACCUGAGCUAAAUACAGAAAAAUCUGUUAACAGCUUUUCAUGAACCACUUGAGUGAUCUUCACCAAACUUGGUUUGUAGCAUCUUUACAUUUCAUUCAGAUAUUUCCACUAGGCUGCAGACAAAGGCCACCAGAGCUAAAUGUAGAAAUAUCUUUAAACAGCUGAAGAUUUUCAAAAAUUUCCAUAUAGGCAUAUUAUAGGGAAAACUAGCUUGGCACUUUGGCUGUCAUGGACUUAAAUUUGAUUAUCACCGGACUUUGCCAGGAGCAAGGCCAAAGGCCAAGGUCUUCCUCAUGUGAGUGACUUGGACCAUUUUGUUGUAUUUGUUUAAAUUUAUCUAACCUUCACUGUUGAUAUUGGAUGUGCACAGGUCAGAAUCAUGUUCAUAAAAGUUGUAAACAAUAUAUAGAUCAGUUAAUGAACUAUUCAGAGUUUCAAGAUAGUUCUACCCUGACUCCAGCAAGAACAAGUUUAGGUUUGUAGGAAGAGUUUUAGUUGUCUAUAGAUUUACAGUGAGCUUGUUAUCUCUUUAUGAAGGACUUACUUAAAAGUUGUUGUUUGGUUAAAUACUGUCUCAUCUGUUUAGAAAGAUUAUCUUACAAGCAUUCCAAUAGUACAAUUGAAAUAAAAUAGAUCAGUAAGAACAUAAGAUACUCGACUUUGCUGGAAAUUUUUCAGAUAGAUGUAAUGAUUUAGGCAGUUAUAAAAAGUUCUUGUCUAAACAAUUUUGAAACAGUAAGAAAGUGUUUGUAGAAAUAGGUCGCAUAACAUUUCAAAUUGUGCAUUUUCUGUUUACACGGCAUUAUAUCUCCCCAUAUGCAGGAAGAUACAUUGAUUUUGUCUUGUCUGUCUUUCAGACCUUCUGUCACAAGUAUGUCUGGUUUACUCCUCUGAAAUUUUAGUGGGAUUUCAACCAAACUCUUUUAACUUUUAGAGCUCAGUAUAUUGACAUGUUCUGCAAUUUUGGCAUUUUCAGGUUGAAAUGCAUUUUGAUGAAGUUAUAGCCACUUAAAAGUCUGGUUGUCUAUUGUGUAUGCCAAAAAAGGUGUCUGUCCUGCAUUUUUAGCUCGACUAUUCAUAGAAUAGUAGAGCUAUUGGACUCGCCCAUGCGUCGGCGUCCGCGUCUGCGUCGGCGUCCGCGUCCCGAUUUGGUUAAGGUUUUGUAUGUAAGCUGGUAUCUCAGCAACCACUUGUGGGAAUGGAUUGAAACUUCACACACUUAUUCACUGUGAUAAACUGACUUACAUUGCACAGGUUCCAUAACUCUGUUUUGCUUUUUUACAAAAUUAUGCCCCUUUUUUGACUUAAAAAUUUUUGGUUAAGGUUUUGUAUGUAAGCUGGUAUCUCAGUAACCAUUUGUGGGAAUGAAUUGAAACCACACACACUUAUUCAUUGUGAUAAACUGACUUACACUGCACAGGUUCCAUAACUCUAUUUUGCUUUUUUACAAAAUUAUGCCCCUUUUUCGACUUAGAAUUUUUUGGUUAAGGUUUUGUAUGUAAGCUGGUAUCUCAGUACUCACUAAUUGGAAUGGAUUGAAACUUCACACACUUGUUCACUGUCAUAAUCUGACAUACACAAAGCAGGUUCAAUAACUCUAUUUUGUUUUUUUACAAAAUUAUGCCCCUUUUUCGACUUAGAAUUUUUUGGUAAAGGUUUUGUUUGUAAGCUGGUAUCUCAGUAUCCACUAAUGGGAAAGGAUUGAAACUUCACACACUUGUUCACUGUCAUGAUAUGACAUGCAGUGCAAAGGGUCAAUAACUCAACUUUGCAUUUUACAAAAUUAUGCCCCUUUUUAAACUUAGGAGUUUUGGGUUAAAUUCUUAUAUGUAAGCUGGUAUCUCAGUACCCACUAAUGGGAAUGGAUUGAAACUUCACACACUUGUCCACUGUCAUGAGCUGAUAAGCACUAUGCAGGUUCCAUAACCCUAUUUUGCUUUUUUUAAAAUAUGCCCCUUUUUCGACUUUCGUAUUCAUUCAGUCGACAAGGCUGUUGAAUAGUCGAGCGUUGCUGUCCUCCGACAGCUCUUGUUUUAAUAUAUAUUUAGAUUAUUAGUCAUUUCUGAUUUAAGAGUAAUAGUAUUCAUGGAAUUUAUUUUUCAAUACUUGAAAUAAUUUUAGGCUGAAGGCAAUACUUGUUUUCUGUAAUGAUACACAAGUUGUUAAGACAAUUGACCACUUAAUUAUUUAUAAUUGGCUGACCUAUGUUCAGUUUUAAUGAAAUAGUUUUUAACAACUAUUUUCAUUAAUGAAAUGUCAUUUAAAAUUAGGUAAUUGUUUUGUGGGCUUCCUGUCCCAUAAACAACCAGAUUUUAUUGGAAGGUGUAUAUUGUAUGUCAUUCAAUGUUUGAUGGAACAGACUCUCACAUAAUACUAUGUUAAGUAUGAUCGUAUGCAUCUUUUAAAGUUAUUUUUAUGUUUUAUAUGUAUUAUGUAUGCAUGUGAAUGAGACUCAAUAUAUAAAUACUGUAGUACCAAGGCUAAUUUUGCAUAUAUGUCAGCAUUUCGCUAUUGACUUAGUUAUGGCCUCUUAGAAUUAAAUUCAAGGUGAAAGUAUAAUUAAAGAAUAAGGUCAGUCAUUAAAUUUGGUUAAAAAAUGGAAUUCAGAGGUAUGGAUGAAAGAAGUCCAAAAUAAAUCAUAGGUCCUAUUUUUUUCCUUUUUUUUGCACAAUUUCUUGUAGAAAUGAUAACAUUUUCACUUCUAGAAUGAAUUCAGCAUGAAAUAAGAUGGUUUUCCUAUUUAUACACAAGUUGUGGCAAGUUUUGCCAAUUGAAACGGAAAAUAGGGGUUUAAUGUGCAGACAAGAGCAAAUAUGCAUCUUUAUGGUAGCAGACUACCACUGACAGGCAUUUAACUAGGAACUAUUCAAUUUGUGUUUUUGACCAUAUUUUGAAAAUUUGCAAACUGCUUCCAAUUUGGCUCUGACUUAAGAUGGAAUAAAUCGCAUUUCAGAACCAAAUAAAAAAGAAUAAAAAACAGUUAAACUUUUAACUAAAAAUUGCUGUAAAGAAUGCAAAACAGUUAAAAUUUAACUAAAUUGCUGUAAAGAAUGCAAAACAGUUAAAAUUUAACUAAAAAUUGCUGUAAAAUGACCAUGUUGUCCAAAUUUAGCUUUGUAAACAGGUAGGGGUGACUAUACAGAUAUCUCUGUAGAAUCUUGUAGUUUCUUGAUGAAACUUGGUAAUAUUUUUGGUAUUGCAUCUUCCUUGAAAUUGAUGCUAAAUAAAUAUUUCCUUUAAGAAUAAGAUCAGUUAUUUUGUCAACAAUGUUCUUCUAUGGUGCGGUGCAGUCUAAAAAACUCCAGAGUAAAUAGAUCCUAACUUUUUCCAUUUUUUGCACAGUUCCAUGUAGAACGGGUGCUUUAAUCACAUUUUCUCUGCUAGAGUGCAUUCUGCAUGAAAUAAGAGUUUUCUUAUUUAUACUCCAGUAGUAUUUAGUUUUCUCUUUGGGGGUCAUCUUGAAGGGCAUAAUUAUGUGUUUGCCAACAGCUCAUGUUUAGUCAUGGUUGAUUAGUUAUGAUUACAUACAAUUUCUUACACAAGAAUAGCAGUAUUUUUUAGAGUGACAGGUAUAUUAGAUCGUUCUCUGAAAAAGUGAUGAAAUAGUAAUAAUAAAAGUAGUAAAAUUGUCUAUUUUCCAAAAAAAGUAAACUUUUUAAAAAGAAAAUGUUAUUAUCUUUUUCUUUUUGUCUAUCUCCAUGUCUUUGUGAUAUAGCUGGAUAUUGCUGUCAAUGCACCUUUUCAGUUAAAUGGAAUUACAUGGGGAAACAUGUGCUUUUAUUGUUUACUUUUAUCAGGUUUUAUUUCUGACUUAUUUAUUAGGAAGAAGAAUAUUUUAUGAAUGCAUAGACAGUUAUUUUUACAUGUUUAUUUUGGUACUGUUUUGGUUAGCCAAGGUGUUUAAGGAUGUACGAGCGAAUUUUUUCUUACGUUAAGAAUUUUUUUAUAUCCCGUGAUCUUGAAGAACAUUAGUUUCUAAGACAAACAAGAGCAGAAAAAACAUAGGUCACCGAACUCGUUUUAAUUUUAUAGGGCAUUUUCUUCACCCACUGCUUAAGCAUUUCUGAAAUUUUGUAAAAUUAGAAAAGUGGUGGUACUAUAUAAAACAUAUAAUAUCCUACUUAAUCUUAUAGGGAUUUCAGGUCUUACAGGUGAUGUCAGUAUUAUAUAAGCAUAAAUGUCACUAACAAAUCUCUUUAAUUUAUACAUGUUGACAUAAUUACCCCAACCACAUUAUUUUCAAUGGAAAAAACGUAUUUAGAUCUACAAAAAAAAUUCUGACGUUAAGAUUUUCAAAAUAUUUUGCAGCAUUAAAGACACACAAAAAUGCUUCAAAAUGGAAAGAAAAAAGUUGCGGUCACCGUGCAUCUAAGAGAUUUAUUAAGAAAAAACUGCUAAAAAGUGGUGAAUUUUGAUAUUUUUUGUUCUUUUUGUUUUACUUUCUAUUUUCUAGAUAAUAUAAAGUGCUAUCUUGAAAACUUUUAUUUUAUUUAUAGCUUAACAUUAUAUGUAUCAGUCAGAAAAAUAUCAAAACCAAACCUGAUCUACUUUAAUAGAUAUUUGAAAUUACCUACCCCUACCCCAUUGUAAAUUAUACGUUAAUUUUAGGCAAAUGCCAGCCAAAAAUAAGGGUGAAAUUAUUUUUUACGCAAAAAACAUAAUAAAUUUGGUUAAAUGGUACACUUUUAGCCAUAUUUUAAUUAUUUAGCAUUAAUUUUUGGCAAAACUUUUGUUAGAAAGCAAUAUUUGAAGAAACAUUUUUCAAAAUGGCGGAUAUCCUGGAAAAAAAAAACGCUCGUACAUCCUUAAGAAUGAACUGUAUCAGCUACAUUAUGUACAGGUACACCAUCAGGUAGUUUGUAAAACUGUUUUGCAGUUAUACACUUUGAGAAUGUGGUUUUAUAACACUGUGCAUUAUUUUGUAAUUAAAUGAUCAGUGUGA